GUACUGGCAGCUAAAGUGAAAAUGUACUUCCUGAAACUGAAUUGGGAGAUGACGAUUUUUUGAUUUCAUGAUAGAGCCAAGUCAUGAGUGCAGAAGACCCAAACCCAGCCGCCACACCCACUCCCUGUGAAGACACCCAGGGAGAUGGACGAUGGAUGUCUCUGCACAACCGCUUUGUGUCCGACAGCAAAGACAAAGAACCUGAUGUCCUGUUUGUUGGAGACUCUCUUGUUCAGCUCAUGCACCAGUUUGGGAUAUGGCGGCAGCUAUUCUCCCCUCUUCAUGCCCUCAAUUUUGGGGUGGGUGGUGAUGCAACACAACAUGUGCUGUGGAGACUGAGCAAUGGCGAACUGGAUAACAUCAGCCCAAAGGUUGUGGUGCUGUGGGUAGGAACUAACAAUCAUAGUCAGACUGCUGAACAGAUCUGUGAAGGCAUCAUGGCUAUUGUCCAAGUCAUCAAGAACAAACUCCCACAUGCUCGGACACUUGUACUUGGUGUUUUGCCCAGAGGUAAAUCGCCAAAUCCUCUGCGGGAGCGAAAUGCCAAGGUGAACGAGCUGGUCCAGGAGGCUGUAUUGUCAGUCCCCCACGCCUCUUUCCUCAACGUGGACCCAGGCUUCGUCCACUCCAAUGGUAGCAUCUCCCAUCAUGACAUGUAUGAUUACCUUCACCUGACCCCACAGGGCUACCAGGCUGUGUGCGAACCCCUGCAUGCCCAUCUCAAGUCCAUGCUAGACAAGCCUCCAGAGAACUGAGCAACAAGGGCGCACAAUUACACUACCACAGUGGUCCUCAUCCCUGUUCCCAGAGAACAUCCCAAUCAGCUUAUUACCACUUGUAUGAUGGAUCAAAUCAAUUACUUGGGGCUAAAAGCUGCACACAUCUUUUGUCUAAGUCCUCUUUAUGGCCAGGGUUGAUGACCACUGUUACAGAUAAUGGGACCACAAAGGUUAUUUUUGUGUUUAUGAUGCAGUCAAAAUAUUAAAUGUGCUGUGCUAUAGAGAGACAUAGUCUGACCUCAAUUCCCGGUUAUCGUCUGUUCCACUAGCUUUUGGUUUUAAAAGGGUUUUUCCAUAGAAGGAAUUUUUUCAGUCCUCUGCUGAUGAAUAUGAUAAGGGGAACUCCCUGACUAUCAUCCAUGGGGAUCAGAGCCAGACAGUGAAAUGACACUUGAAGGGAUGAACUUGGAUGUCAACAGUUGUACAGCUUCUUUAGGUCAAAACUUAAGUUGCUCCACAUGAUUAAGAACGUUAUUUAUAACUGUGCCCCAGAUCCCGUGCUUCAGCCGACAGCCCUCAAGAGACUAUAAAAGCCCAAUUUACCUCAGAAUAUAGACAGAUAUCUGCUUUUCGGAAGAAAAAACUUCUAUGACAAAAUACAUUGUCUGCCUGAGGCUACUGGAACAGUAACUAGUUGGAAAAGGUUGUGAGAGUUUGGCUCUUUAGGUGCUAGGAUAUGUCUGGUAAAAAAAAUACGAGAUGCAAGAACUGCCCUUACCAGGAAAUUGCUGUAAUUCGUCAUUUUGUUUUAUCAGUUUCACUAAGUUACAUUUAUUUCGCAAUAGCUUUAUUUACUCUUGUGAUGUCUGGUGUCUUUUUUUUAUAUGUUCAUUUGAAUGACCAAAUGUUUUUGAUUGACCAUUACUGUUUACUUGCCUUUUUUCAUGUCACAUGUCUCAUUAUUGCCCUUGUACCUUUUUGCUCCACAUUUAGUAACGGCAACAGAUUUUGACGCGAGAGGCUGUGUUACAAACAUAAUGUAUUUGAGUAGCUUGUGAAGUUGUAUAGAUAUAUCUAAAGUUGCUUGUGCUCCAAGUUUAAUCUCAUCUGCAACAUAAUGGCCAAUCAGACCAUUUUCAAAGGCUUUACUUCACACUAAAACGCUUCUGAACCUCUUGUAGAAGGAUUGUGCCACAGAACUUGAAUUAUGCUUCAGGACAGCUGAUUGUGUAAGAGAUGGACAAAUGCAUUAAAUAUGAAAAACUG